CGGUUCAAUCGGUGGUGUUGUGGAAGUGGUUCACACGUUGAAUUCGCUUUUGAUUAUGUUGUGCUGAAAACACCAUUUCAAAGCCACAUGCAUAUUGACUUGUAAAAUAUAGCCGAAUCAGACGAGAUGAGAAAUAUUUCAUUCAAAAAUUAAUUUAAAUUCGCAGAAUAAUGUUAUCAAUUGCUGUAUUUUUGCAUCGAUGAUUCGAAUCGAGGCGAAUGUCUCCAAAACAGAAAAUUACCGCAUGAAAAUGCGUUCUCCAUACCGAGUGGUAUGUAUGCAGCGGGCUCGCUAAUGACAGUGACAUUUAGUGAGACAUAUAUUUGCUUAAUGCACUCAUCGGCAAGCAAAUUUUAGCAUAAAUAAAAGUUGCAGCUACUUUUUAUCGACUUAUUCGGCGUACAUCGUUCGAUGGAAAUGAUUCUGUUUCGGAUAUAAUUACUUGUGACUAAUAGCGAAAAACGUGUUGCAAUUUUUUUUUCAUCUUACACACAUAUCAAAAGGCAAGCGACAACAAAGACGACCGAAACCACUACGUAUGUGUGUAAAUGAGUGAGUGAAAAAAAACAGCCACGAAAAAAAAAGUAGAAGCGAACAACAAACAGCAACCAAAUCAGUGCAUUUGAAGAAUUGCCAUAGAAAAUAAGGAAACAUUCAAAAUAUCUCGCGUUAAAUUUGUAAAUGUUUCCUCGCAAUGGUCUGUAAAGACGAAGUCGUGCAUUGGUUCAAGGGGCUAGAGAGUUACAAGCGGAUCGAUGCCAUGUGCACAUUACUGAAUAUGUGUCUACCGUUUGAGCUACGAUUUCUGGGCACCUGUCUGGAAGAGCUGGGCGGCCGAGAUUCAAAAGAUCUUCGAGGCAUUGAGCUACGUGUCAAUAAUUCAAAUGAAUUGGCACAAGAAAUCGCCUCAUCUCUACUAUGUGAUCCGUCAGACAUAAAAGUACGACGAAAAAUGGCACUAUAUUUUGCAUUGAUUCGAGCCUGUAAUCGACACUGUGUCAAUGAACUGUUUAAUAUUUUGUGUUUGUGGAGUUGCAACGAGUUUUUAAAGUGCGCCAAAGAUGAUGCACUGCAAGAACUUCUGCUAGUCUACACAAUGGCCGCCAAUCAUCCGGUGUUUUCGUUCGAGCAACGAAUGAAAUGCGGCGAAAUUUACAAUAGCAUAUUGAGCGGCAAUCCGGAGAUUUCGUUUUCUGAAGUUCCAGCCGAACAUUUGCUCACAAAGCCAGUUCACGAGGGUAACCUGGGAGCAUCGAAUGUUGUGUAUCCACAAAAGCAUGUUCCAGGUGAUCAACAAAUUAUGCCUGUGUUCGCUAUACCGAAUCCAGCGGCAAAUGUAUCUUUCGAUCAAAAUCGCGGAUCUCAGAUUAUGCAUCGUGAAGUCGUGAGCAUUUCACCACAUCAUAUUUUUGCUGAGGGUGGGCAGUCAGGAUUUCAUCACAAUAUAGCACAUGUCUGUCCGACAACUACGCCAAAUGUAGCAUCUUUUCCCACGUCACGAUCGAAUCAAAUAAGCCAGCAGCAGCAACAACAUCAGGCAGUACCGCAAGCGCCAACACAACAGCAUAUUAACACGAGCAGUGCAACAAAUUUGACGUACUCAUUGCAAAAUCUUAGUUUGAUGGAUAAUAAUCUAGUUUAUGUACAUAGCGAUGGAAUUCCAGUAAUGCACAAAUCGGAAAGUGAUUCUAUUAGUUCGGGCGAAUCAAUUGAAGACUCAACACCGCCGGAUACACCAUCGAAUACGGACGUUAUGUCAAAUUCGGGUGUAAGUGGCAGUAGUAACAGUAGCAUUAAUAAAAAAUUCAAAGGUCGAGGCAAUCCGAAGGUAACGUCACGGCAUAAGGUAUCCGCUCAGCAUCAGCCCCAGCAAAUAGUCUAUACACAUAUAUUGCCACAGAUACCGGUGUCGGGUGCAUUAAGUAAUGAAAUUGUUCUUGCCCCAAAUGCCACACAGACCCAAUCACAGCAUACAAUCACCCAGCCUCAACCGACACCACAAACCAUUCAAGCGAUCGGCAUUGCAAGCCCUCAAGUAAUCUAUCAACAGUAUGCACAGUCCACACAUCCCUUGCAAAAGUCACAAAUGAACCAAACAUAUCCAUAUACGCAACAACAUUUACCAUUGAAUAAUCGAUCGUCAAUACUGUCACCGAACACCAAUACGGUAACGUCAGCGCAACAGCAGGCUGCCCCGUCAUAUCGGAUACCAUACCAUAUGCAACCAAAUGGUGAUGUGAUUUAUCAGCUUCCCACGACAUUUGCUUACAUGCAACCAUCGGCCUUACCUCUAACACGACCCCCAUCCACAUGCAAUCAAACGCAUACGGUAAUUCCAACACAGCCGCCAACGAUGCAACAUCUACCAACGAUUACUAGUCUGUCAUCGAAAUCCAAUCAAAACACAAUGGUUCCGCCAUUUCUACUGGCCAACGACAAUACCAAGCCCAAUACGUCUUGUUUUAACUGCGGGUCCAGCCAACACACCGGCCAAGAGUGCCAAGAGGCAACGAUGGAAGAUGUCACCCGGAGCAUUUAUAAAUUGGACUACAAUUCCACCCUAGUGAAUGACACAAUGAAAACAGCAUCCGAAUUAGACAAUGGAAGUGGCGUAAAAACGAGCGAUUCAAUCACACACAUGCCACCGUCCGUUUUGAAUAAAUAAUUGUUUGCGAGAUCUGCUCGAUUUUGGGACAAGGAAAACUGAGUCACAGAGAGAGAGAAAAAACAACAAAUUUUUUUUAGCAUAAUCACAUUUUAAUGACAGACAACACAAUUAACUCUCGAAUGUUGCAGUCGAGACGUCGUCGGAUUGAUCUGGCUCAUGCAGUCGUCAAUGGGGUAGGACACACAGUGAAAAAUGAUCAAGUGCCAUCAUUCAAAUAGAUACUACGGUACUAUGGCGCAUCAAUUGCGAAAUGCGGUAAUUGGCGGUAUUUUACGUCAUUAUUCAAACACACAGAGGGAGAUUCACACACACACACACACAAGCACAUCGAUCGAGAUACACAUAAACCACGAUUCGGAAUUUCGAGGCAAGCAAAAACAAUGGGAUUCUAUCUGAAGCAAGAACAAUUAAAUUUAUGCAUAAACACAUAUUUGUAACGAAAUGGGAAGAGAUAAACAAACUUCGAACAAGUAUUUUAACCAGUUUUAUAGAAUGCAAUCCUUUUCAAUAGGAUAUUGCGAAAUGAGAAGAACACAACAUGAAACCGGCUAAUAGACAUCAAUUAUAAUUUGCAUCGAUUUUAAAAUCAAUUUCAAUUUUAGCUUAACACUUGAACCAUUUAGUCAGAGAAUAGCAGGUAUUUCGAGGCUAGUACCGUUACUUUUCCAUUGAUUUUCCAUUUGCAGUCAUUAUACAAACACUAUGAAAAGUAUUCCCAGAAUGUAAAAUACAACACAUCCAAAUGUAUAGAUUUCAACAAACAAAUAUUGCUGUCAGCAUAGAGAGAUGUGGGAGCAUGGUGCAAAAUUUUCACUUUCAAUUUGCUCGAAAUAUUCAAUUUCCAUCAAUUUCAAGUUAAAACCACUUUCCGUUUUGUUUCCCUUGAUUGGCUAGUAAUUUUUCUUUCUCUUUUGUUCUUCAUUUCUGUGUAUGAGAAUUUUAAUACGAAAUACUGUAUCCAAUUGAAGAUCAUUCGCAUUGAAAUUUUUCUGUUUAUAUUUUCAAGUUGUGUUGUAUUGUAAUUCCAAGAUACAACUGCUUUCUUUAUUUUUAUAAAAUUUAAGAAGACAAAAAUUAUAUUUUUUCUUCCUCCGUCCAUAUUUUUCUGGACGAUCUCUUUAUUUAGAGGAAUUAACUGAUGUUAUUAAAUUCAAUAGUUUCAAGUGAAUUGAAUCCAAAUUUGUUCAUACAAUCAUCACAGAAUGAAUAAAAUUGUGUUUUCUUCCGUCUUCUCGGGCCUCUCGAUAUACUCGUUGAAUACUUGUGUUUGCUAUGGACAUAUAGGUAAUAAUUUUUAUAUUAAGAAACAGGAAAAAAAAUAGAAUGCCUUUUUGAUGAGCCCCUUUCGAAGCUGAAAAAAAGAGAAUAGUUUUUCUUUUCUUAAACUACUAAAACUACCAUGAAAUUACCGUAUCGUAUAUUAAGCAUCUUCUUAAACGCAAUAUAGAUAGGCAUUUUUGUGAAUUAUUAUUAUCAUUAUUGUCGUUAUUUGCAAAUCUCAACAUAUUUGAUUUACAAGUUACUGGCUUCCUUGUGACAACGCUCGAUUGCGUGAAAAUACCGCAAUCGCCCAUACAAUUCACGCUAUUUUUAAUAUCGUCAAUCACUUAAUGAUCAUCAUUGCGACGAAUGACAAAGGAAUUCACAUGGAAAUGAACAAGAAAAUAGAAAUAGCGGCGUUAUCAAGGGAAAUUAGCGUAUUUGUGAAUAAUUGCAAGUGAUAAAUAAAAUGCAUUCGCUCUGACUGUAUACAUAAUCAACUAUCUACUACAACUUUAGAAAGGCCCCUCAAAUCAAACACAUACAAUAUAAUGAUUGUUCUAAUUCAGAAACAGACAAAAAAGAAAUUUGAUUGCAAAACAGAAACAAUACCCCUACAUUUGAUGUAAUGCUAAAAAAAAACUAUGUCCUAUUUAUGGCCUAAUUAUUUUCACUAUGUUUGUAAUAUACUAUACGACCAACUCUUUUGUUUAUUUUUUAUUUUUAUUUUUUACCUAGUUUUCACAUGUAAAUAGAUGAUAAAUUCUAGUAUAUAUUUUUUUAAAUAUUACCUA